AUGGGGCAGAGAGCGAGUCUCAUCGUCUGCGAUCCUGUGGCGGCUGCGCAGGUGGCUUCCAAAGUUGCUGUCUUUUGGAUUCAUAAACGAGUGGUCACACGAUGUAACAGGACAUUUGUUGGUAUAUGGGAGCAUUAUUCGACACCAACGGCCGAACGCCUUGAUAGUAAAGAGGAGAUAUUUGCCUUCGAUCUCCUCGACUCCAGGAACGCGUCCACAACACCUACAUUCAUUCUCGGGAACGACGACUUUGGGCGGCAUGAGCUACGAGUUGCUGGGAUGGUAGAGUCUGAGUUGGUUGGCCGUACAAGUCGCCUUGGGCAGUAUAGACGUGUUAUAGCGCACAAGUCGUCACAAAAGAUAUUACAGGAGCAUUUUGAAACACGACAGAUGUUUGGCGUCAAACGUAAUGACUUGUCCGAGCUCGGUUGGGUCAGUGGCGGUCGUGACAAGAUACUCCUGGUGAUAAUGGGAGGGAAGCAAAAGAGUUUGGAGGUGAGACGAAGGGUUCAGGAGAUCGAGACGAAAUGGACAGACGAGUGGCUUGGUGGAGGCGAGUGUUCAAAGUCGUCCCAGUUGAACGAGCAGACAACAGGCGAGGAUGGAGGAGUAGCUGAGGGAUAUGACGAACGACCUAGUAGUGGUGCCACCAACACAGCGGGCAUUUGGGAAAGGGCAAACGGGAGAGAGAUGUUGAACGCUAUCGAUAGAGAUCAGUAUGGAUCCGUAGAGAUAUCAUCGUAUCGGCCCUACCUUU